AUGAUCAUGUCGCAAAAUCCCGAUCCUCAGCUAAACGGAACUAGUGAAUUCCCCAGCCCCGUGCAGUUUUGGAAAACGCAACGAAUAAGAGAAUUCAACAAGAAAAUGGGACUGGAAAAGUCUGAAGUCCAGAGAGAGAACAAAUGCCAUCAACAAAUGACGCUACUACGGGAACAAUACGACAAGGCAGUCGCAGAACAUCAAUCGACUGCGGAGAAGACUCGAGAACAGAUAAAGAAUCUCGAAAACCAAAUCAGCCAGGCCAAACAGGAUGUUGAACAGAAAGCUAGUUUAGCUCGCCGUUUAGAACAACACUUUCAGACAGAUCGGAAUGAGCUCGAGGAGAAGCUCGGACAGACCAACCAGAAUGUUCAACAUCUACGUACAGAGCUUGAUGAGGCUCGCCAAAGCAACAGGCUUCUCAAUGAGCAGGUCAAUAAGGCCCAAGAGCGCGAAAAACAGAGAGAUAAGCAUCAGGCUCAUCGCCGUGCAGAACAAGAGCUCAAGGAGAAGGUCAUGGCGACUCAAGAGAGAGAGCAGCAGUCCAAGGAGGCCCAGCAAACAAUACAGGAUCUCGAAAGUCAACUCAGUCAGGCUCAACAGCAUGCUAAACGAUGUGCUGAUGCAGCUAGCCGUUUAGGACGAGAGCUCAAGGAGCAGAUCAAUGUGACUCAAGAGAGUGAGAAGCAGAGAGAGCGGCAGUUGGACGUGUCCGAGAAGGGAAUACAGGAUCUCAAUAAUCAACUCAGCCAGUCUCAACAGGAUGCUAAACGGCAUGCUGAGUCAGCCCGCCGUUUAGAACAAGAGCUGAAGGAGCAGGCCAAGGUGACUCAACAGUCUCUAACGGAGAAAUUGAAUCUCCAGGGGCAACUUGAUUAUGCUUUGCAAACCAGCCAAGAUCUCCGGAAGCAGCUUGCGGAAGCCCAGCAGAAACGAGAAAAAACGGAGCAGGACGAGGAAAAGCUCAAAGAGUCUCAUCAACGUACCCCAAACCUCGGAAAGCGACCAGCGGAUUCGCAACAAGCCCCAGGACAACAAAUGGAACUCCAUGAAAGUCACCAAAGCCACACGGAGGAAGAUCCGAAUAAGCAACCCGCUCAGGCUGGAAGGGGAAGAGACGAACAAAACCAAGACGAGGGCAUUGGCGAACCCGAGAGGGACAACAGACGAGAGCUAUGGAGAGAGCCACGACAAAGUCGGAGCGCUUAUGGACCACAGGGGAUAGACAUCUGGGUCCAGGUGAGGUAUGUCUAA